AUGCCUUGUCCUCCACGAGAAACGUUCCAGAUCGGUUGGAUAUGCGCCCUGCCGAUCGAAGCUGCCGCAGCCAAGGAGAUGUUGGAUGAAAAUUUUGGCCUUCUCGAUGCGCAAGAUUUAAGCGACUCAAACAUCUAUACAUUAGGUCGAAUUGGUAAACACCACGUCGUAAUCGCCUGCCUCCCGGGCGGCCAAUGUGGAAUUACGUCGGCCACGACUGUCGCAACUAACAUGAUUCGCACAUUUUCAAAAUCGCUCCGGAUUGGCUUGAUGGUCGGAGUUGGCGGUGGAAUCCCGUCAGCUGCUCAUGAUAUCCGGCUUGGCGAUGUUGUGAUCAGCUGCCCAAAGAAUACCUGCGGAGGCGUGGUUCAAUAUGAUAUGGGGAAGGUCGAGGUUGGGGGAGAAUUUCACCGUACUGGCUCUCUGAAUAGCCCUCCUAGGGGUCUUCUUACAGCCAUUAACUUGAUGAGGGCCGCUGAGCUCACGGAUGAUCCUCACUAUCCUAAGUAUUUGCUUAAGGCUAUUGGGAGAAACGCACGUACUCGGAAAAACUUCGUGCGACCACAACAGGAUCGACUGUUCAAACUCGAGCACUAUCAUUAUGGGACGGCGAGCACGUGUGAUGGAUGCCUAGCGGAAUGGGAAGAGACACAUAGUGAACGCGAAACUAGUGAUCCACAACCACACUACGGCAUCAUCGCAUCUGGAAAUGCGGUUAUUAAGGAUGGAUUCACACGCGAACAACUCAGGCUAGACACUGGGGCAUUGUGCUUCGAGAUGGAGGCAGCUGGUUUAAUGAUGGACUUUCCUUGUAUCGCCAUCCGCGGUGUUUGUGAUUACGCCGAUACGCAUAAAAACAAGCAAUGGCAAGGAUAUGCGGCCUUGGUAGCAGCAUCAUACGCUAAAGAGCUACUAGGAUACGUGCCUAUCAGCUCUGUGUUACAAGAGAACCUAAUGGUAGAUAUCUGCGAUAUGUAA